CAAUUCCAAUAACAAAAAAGAUAAUCAAGCAAUUCGUUCUUCUGGGUAUCUCCAAAAUUACUACCCUUUGGGGAAAAAUAGUUACUUUCUCGUUUGAUUCUGAGGCUUGAGCUAUUCUAGGGUUUUUUUUUUCCGGUACAAUUUCAUCCUCUACAUCCUGGGUAUUGAAAUUUCAUCGCCUUUACUAUCAUUAUCCUUGAAUCCCAAUUGAUUUCUUUAUUUAUCCUCAAUUAUAUUUGCAGAUUGUCUGAUUGUGAAUUUGAGAAAUAACAAUGGGAAUUAAAAGGGAUAGAGAAGACCAACUAGAAAGUGAUGUGAAGAGACAGAAAGUUAUUGACAAAGAAGAAGAAGCGGGUUCACCUCAGAUGCACGCUUUUGAGAAUCCUCUUCUUCCUCUUGCUUCGUAUGAUGAUGUUGAUGAUGAGGAGGAAGAGAGGAAGAGAGAGGCUGUUUUAAGGCGCGCCGGAGCGGGGAAUGGUAUUGGUAACCAAGUUAAGCUUAAUGGCGAUGGUAGAAACGAGUUAAUUGAUGAUGAUGAUGAAGAGGAAGAUGAAGAGGGUUCUCAUUUUAGUCAAGGGAAACGCAAUCGAUCUGUGGAGGUCCGCAGGGAUUGCCCUUAUCUUGAUACUGUUAACAGACAGGUUUUAGAUUUUGAUUUUGAGAAGUUCUGUUCAAUCUCCCUUACAAACCUGAAUGUAUAUGCAUGCCUUGUGUGUGGUAAGUAUUACCAAGGAAGAGGACACAAGUCUCAUGCAUAUACUCAUAGCUUGGAGGCAGGGCAUCAUGUUUACAUCAAUUUGAAGACUGAGAAAGUUUAUUGUUUACCUGAUGGAUAUGAGAUCAAUGACCCAUCUUUAGAUGAUAUCCGUCACGUUCUAAACCCAAGGUUUACCACGGAACAAGUUGAACAGCUAGAUCGAAGCAAACUAUGGUCAAGAGCUCUUGAUGGUUCUGAAUACCUCCCUGGAUUGGUCGGACUGAAUAAUAUCAAGGAAACUGAUUUUGUGAAUGUUACCAUUCAAGCACUAAUGCGUGUAACUCCCUUGAGGAACUUUUUUCUAAUUCCAGAGAACUACAAACAUUGUAAAUCUCCCCUGGUUCAACGCUUUGGAGAGCUCACUCGUAAAAUUUGGCAUGCUAGAAAUUUCAAGGGACAGGUCAGUCCCCAUGAAUUUUUGCAGGCUGUGAUGAAAGUUAGUAAAAAACGGUUUCGAAUAGGUGCACAAGCUGAUCCAGUUGAGUUUUUGUCCUGGCUACUUAAUACCCUUCAUGCAAAUCUUAAAAGUUCAAAGAAAAAUACUAGUAUCAUAUAUCAGUGCUUCCAGGGAGUACUGGAAGUUGAGAAAGAGAUUCAGAGUAAAGGUACUAUUGAGAGAAGAGAAAGUGUUGAUGACCAGAACCCUAAUGUUGUCAAAGAGACCUAUGAAAUGCCGUUUCUAAUGCUUGGUCUUGAUUUGCCGCCUCCACCACUUUUCAAAGAUGUGAUGGAGAAAAAUAUCAUCCCUCAGGUUCCACUUUUCAACAUAUUAAAGAAGUUUGAUGGGGAGACCAUAACCGAAGUUGUGCGUCCUCAAAUAGCUAGGAUGAAGUAUCGUGUAAAGAAGCUGCCACCUUACAUAAUAUUGCACAUGCGUCGAUUCACUAAAAACAAUUUCUUUGUUGAAAAGAAUCCCACACUUGUUAAUUUUCCUGUUAAAAAUCUCGAGCUGAAGGACUAUAUUCCUCUGCCUGCUCCAAAAAGCAACGAGAAAUUGCGGUCAAAAUAUGAUUUAAUUGCAAAUAUUGUCCAUGAAGGCAAGCCCAGUGAAGGAUCAUACAGAGUCUUCGUUCAAAGGAAGUCAGAGGAACAAUGGUACGAGGUUCAGGAUUUGCACGUUUCAGAAACGCUUCCUCAGAUGGUCGCUCUUUCAGAAGCAUAUAUGCAGGUUUACGAGCUGCAACAGCAACACUGAAUGCCGUAAGAUCAUCUUGGUAACUAGUUCGGACGCCCUACACGUGGGAGUAAGACUUUGUCAUUGUUCUUUGAAUAAGAAUGAACGACGCUCAUUCGAUCCUAUUGAUCGAAGAAACUUGGAUUAAAGUGGCUGUUUGUAGGAGUUAGCGAGCUAACCCAAAUCUUCUCAGGCCGAUAUUGUUCAGAAGUUUUAGGACUUGAGGGAGUAGAUUAGUUUGUAUUAAUGUAUUUCACCAUCACAUUAAUUUGUUGGCUUUUAUUUAGUUUUUUGGAUGUUUAAUUAAUUAAUCUAUAAUCCAAAAGCUAAAAGUUUAUUAAAAACUCGGGUAAAAAGUCAUUUACCAAAUAAUGCCAUAUCUUUAUUUAUUUAUUUAUUUAAUUUUGUUGUGGGUUAAAGAAUUCUUGCGAGCAAGAAGGGAGGUAUUUUUUUUUUCUUGUAAGUGGCGAGAAUUGAGAACAUUUUUCUUUUAUGUCCUUGUAGGUUGUGAUAUAGAUAUUAUCUUUAUCAGUUAUAAGCUUAGGGAGUGUUUGGUAUAAAGAGUGGAAAGGAAAUGGAAAGGUUAGUCUUAAAGAAGGGUAACGGUAAUGAUAAGGAUUAUUGUAAUUAGUUGUUUGGUAUAAUUAGGUAAGGGAAACACAUUGUUUCCCAUCAUUUUGCUAUUUGCCUCUAUAGUAAUCAAAGUGAUGAACAACAAUUUACAACAAACAAAGUCAAACCUAAAAAAUAUAAAACAAAAAUAAA